UUCACGAGGCCUUGUGCUCUCUACUCAACAGUGCUGUCAGACUAAUGUCAAACCUUCAGCAUGUUGGAUCGUAUAUGUUGAUUGGGCUGCGCUAUGUAUUCUGCCUUAUCUCCCUAGACCCCUAGAGCUCCCCUGCAAUCAUGGGCUGGGCGGUCUUGCUUCUACUGAUUGUUUUCCUGGGACAGGAAGUCAUCUCUCAGACCACCAAGUACCCUACCCUUAUACGAUCGCCGUAUUUCUCAUUUUGCACUCAGUUGAUGGCGACACAGUUCCCUACUACACCGUUGACUGACUUGACCGACACCCCAUUACAAGGUGCUAUCAGAGUCGAUGGCACUGUUUACCAAUGGUUUGGCCCUCACAUUAAUAGUCUGCCGGGGAAUCUAAGUGUUCAACUAUGCAACUUCCUCAAUAUUUCGAUCUCGCCCACGCGUACGGUUCAUAUGAUUCAGGCCGGCCCCAUGGACCUGACGUUGACCAUUUUGUCCCCUAUCGAGCCUCAGGAUCCGAUCAAACAAUCAAUUCCAUUGUCGUACGUUGCACUCGAAGCGAUCUCAAACGAUGGCAAGUCGCAUUCUGUUCAAGUGUAUCUAGGUGUGAGCGGAGAAUGGAUCAGUCGAGCGGAGGGCGAUGGUUUCUCCUGGUUCACUGUCACGAUGGAGUCUAGUUUGUACCAUCAAUAUUUCAAGUUCAACCAGACCGACAGUGGUCAGCAGAAUGGGACGUCGCAGCUAGUUAUUGGCUCUUCAACUCAAGGCCCCGGGAAUGUGACAGCCUGUACGGGUAAUAUUACAAACUGCGAGGUCGAGUUCAUUGAAAACGGGGGUUUUGGAUCCUCUGAUAUCUCGGCUGCGGCACAGACUCAGACGGGCUUUGUGGCACAAGUCGGCACAGUAUAUGCCAUUGCUUCAGAACUUUCGAAUAUCUUGCAAAUAUCGCAGCCUGUUGUAUGGUGUUUAGGCGUGAUUAGGAACCCCACAAUCACCUAUAUAACGCCGGGAGGACAGCUACAGCUUCGUAGUCCUUACUUUGCUUCACAAUAUUCGACUAUAUCUCAAGUAGUCGACGCCUUUCUAUCUGACUACCCCAAUGCAGUUUCACGAGCAGACGGACUGGACGCGAAAAUAUCUGCGGAUGCUGGUAGCGUAUCCGAGUCACAAGCACUAGUCAAUGUACUUUCAUUUGCCGCUUCUCUCGCUAUGAGCGCCAUAGAACUGACCAUAACGAACGGAACGGACGGAAGUUGGAAUACUUCCGAUGUCAAGAUGUUCAUGAUGGAUGUUGGACAAAGCAAGCGAGUCAAUCCGGUUGACAGACUUUAUUCCUCCUUCCCCUUCUUCCUUUACAUGAAUGCUACCUAUGCAGGAUGGCUCCUUGCCCCUCUUCUCGAAUACCAGGCUUCAGAGCUGUACCCGCUGUCAUACGCCGCAUUGGAUAUUGGUUUGAAUUAUCCAAAUGCUACGGGGAACAAUGAUCAGCAUAACGAGGGCGUGAAAAUGACUGGCGAUAUGUUGAUCAUGGCUUUGGCGCACGCACAGGUGUCCGGAGACGGGUCACUUCUUGCACAACAUUAUGAACUUUUGAAAUCGUGGUCAGAUUACCUCGUUAUGUUCUCACUUGCACCACCUCAGGAUCAGGGUUCCGUCAGCUCGGCUCAGAUUCUGAACUCUACAGACGUGACUUUGAAAGGAGUGCUUGGUGUCAAGACUAUGUCCCUCAUUAGCCAAGCGUUGGGCAAAGAUGACGAUGCUAAACGUUAUUUGGACUCUGCAGAAUCCAUGGCAGAGAGCUGGCGAGUCUCACUGGAUUUGGAUGCGUCAUCUUCUCAGUGGGAACAACUUUACGAUCUUUUCGCCGACCGCUUGCUCCAAACUCAUAUGGUGGACGAUUCUGUGUACAACUAUCAAAGACAACUAGUUAAUCGUCUUUCUCCUAAUUUCCCUUUCGGAAUUCCGAUGAAUAGCGCAAGUAACCUUACAGAUGACACUUGUAUCAUGUUUACUGCAUCAGUACUCAGUGACAGCGCUACUCGUGAUAUCCUCAUAUCUAAUAUAUAUGCUCACGUCAAUGGGUCUCUCGACUGCUUCCCGUUACUGUAUAAUACCCAGAACGAUAAUGCUCUCGGCGUAUCCAGUCCAGCACAAGGAGCUAUGUUUGCACCACUUGCUCUGAGAUUGUCUCAGCGAUCAAUUGUCGCGCCAAUAUUUCCGGCCGAAACUAGCACAACUUCAUCGCAUCAUCGUAACAUCGUCGGUCCUUUAGUUGGCGGCGUAAUUGGUGGCUUGGCCCUUCUCGCGCUCAUUUCAGGCACCAUCCUGCUUUGGAUUCGCAAGCGAAACAAGGAACAUUGGGAACCACCGAUGUUUGUACCGGACGUGUCCACCAAUCCACCUGAAAUAUCUUCGACUGCCGAUGCUGGUGGCGUUACAAUUCAAUCAAAGGGUGCACCAGCACCUGAUCUUGAAACACUACGAGUCUUCCCUCUUGAAGGGGCGAGCUUGUCAAAUCAGCCCGGUCCUCCUGGGCACACGGUCCUAUCGCCGUCAUCACCGCCAGACCCUGUCCCAAGCCCAAACGUGAGCAGACUGAGAACGGAAAUGGAGAGCUUGCGGAGAGUCGUGCAAGCGUUGCGUGCCAAUGGUGCGGAUGUACCGCCAGAAUAUACAGAAUGACAGCUUGUGUUUAGUGGCAAUAUGGGCAUCUUAUCAAAGGUAUCUCGCAAACAGAAAGGAAUAAAUGGUUGCCCCGUACAGAGACUAUGGCAUACUGUAUGUAUACAUACACGAUACGCAAACCAUCGAGAAUCGAGUUCAACGCAGAUGUCC